AUGACAGGCCACAAACAAUCUACAGAAGGGUAUUUAUUCGGAAUAUGUGGCCUAAUAGUGCAUUUAGUAAUUUUAUGGGGUGUAUUGGAUGCCAAUUUUUAUUCGCCAGUAUUAAAUGACUUGCCAGUAGUUGAACCUCUCUCAGGAGCACCAGCCAAACGUUUGUUUUUAUUUGUCGCCGAUGGAAUGCGGUACAGAACAUUCAGCUCGGAGCCGGCACCUUUUCUCAAGAAUAUCAUUAAGACACAAGGAACAUGGGGUGUAUCUCACACAAGAAUGCCGACAGAAUCACGACCUGGGAAUGUUGCGAUAGCUGCUGGCCUUUAUGAAGAUCCAAGUGCUUUAUUCAAAGGCUGGAAGGAAAAUCCAGUUGAUUUUGAUUCGGUUUUCAAUCAGAGGAGUCAUUUAAACGUACGCGGUGACAGCUAUCCAGCAGAGUGGCAGGAUUUUGACAAAGCUUCCAAUUCUCCAAUAACUCUAGACUCAUGGGUUUUCAAAAAGUAUUUUGAAUGGCUGGAUAGAGAUGCAAUAAAGAUAAAAAGUAGAAAAGGAGUUCUUCUAUUUUUCCAUUUACUUGGUUGCGAUACUGCAGGUCACGCCAGCAAACCCCAUUCAAAGUACACUAUGUUGUGCUUUGGAUUCAGAGAGUACAAAGAGAGCUUGAAAUUUGUCGACCAGAAGAUUAAAGAAGUGGUGAAAAGUGUCGACAAAUUUUUUGGAGACAGUCGCACUGCUUACAUAUUCACUGCUGACCAUGGAAUGACGGACUGGGGUUCGCAUGGUAGUGGCUCCGAUGACGAAACUGAGACACCUUUUAUCGCUUGGGGUGCUGGGGUUAGUCAUCUGUCAGGUCGUCGUGAUAUUGAGCAAGCAGACAUUGCACCUCUUGUUGCAUCGCUUCUUGGAAUUUCUAUUCCUGUCAAUAGCGAAGGAGUUUUACCAAGAUUAUACUUGCAAUCUGGUAAUCAGGAAUACGGAGCACGUGCUCUAUUGAACAAUAUAAAACAAUUAUUGAACCAAGUAAAAGGAAAUCGUUUGACUGCGAGUGGCGAAGGUUCUUCAUAUUCAAACUGGCGAGAACGUGAAUUAGAAAAAAUGAUAGAUAAAGUUGAAAAACUAUUACAUGACAAUAAAGUAGUCGAAGCUAUAAGAGUAGCGGAAGAAACUAUUGAAAAAUGUAAAAGUUAUUUAUAUUACUAUCGACAGUAUCAAAAAAAUCAAUUAAUUGUUUAUUUAACUUUGAUGUGGCUUGGAUGGAUUGUUUUGUUGGUACUAAAAAUAACUGGGACUCCACGAAGUCACUUAAACAAUACUUACAAAGUCAAAAGUAGAAAAGACUCUAGAGUUAUAUAUUACGGCAUAGCAGCGCUUAUAUUUGUGUGGCUUGGAUUUUGUGCCCCGUUGGUAUUAGUUCCAGUGUAUCAUGUCAAAAAAAAUGAACCAAUAAGAAUAAUAAUCGGCGGUACAGUUCUAUUCUUGGCAAUGGUAAUAACGGCUAUAAUGCAGAAGUUGACAAUUAAAAAGCCUGAUAAACUAUUAAUCUUAACGGCUUUAGCGCUUGCUAUUUAUCCGGCAUUGCCUACUGUGAAACCAGAUCCUCAGACUGGAAUAGUACUGAUAAGUGUGGCUGUAGCAGCGGUGGCUUUGGUGAUACACAAUUUGCCAUCCCAUAUAUUGAUAAUUGAGUUGUUACGCCUAGCUCUGACAACCUUAAUAUUGACUGGUGAUAUAGACGGUAGAACAGGACUAUCGUGGAUUAUUUUAGCUUCUAGUCCAAUCAGUAUAUUUCUACACCCCGCAGAUGAUGUAAAAAAGAGAUUAACUGGGGUAACUUACGGCCUAUUUUGCCCAUUAGUAUUACUCUCAGCUUCUUAUGAGCCUCAAGUUUAUUUACUGCUUGCUAUUCAUUUAAUGACACUGCUGGAUAACGACAAUAAUGAUGAGGAAUUAAAAUCAACUGGACAUUGCAGAAGAUCAUUGAGCCCAUCUGAUCUCAUGCUGUACAUACUUCUGUCAUUUUUCGGAACAGGAAACAUGGCGAGCAUAAGUUCAUUUGACCCGAUGUGGACCAAACAUUUCAUCACACUCUUUUCACCUUUCACGAUGUCAGCAUUGAUUUUAUUAAAACUAGCGAUUCCAUUGAUUCUAGUCGGAUGUGCGAGCCGUGUGCUGGCGUCAUCUUCAAUAUUCUUAGCCGUUUUGCUGCUAGGUGACUGUCUGUCAUUGCCGCUGAUAUUUACCGUAACGCCUCAAGGCAGCUGGCUAGACAUCGGCACUGCAAUAAGCCGUUACGCUAUCGCAGUAACACUUCCAUGUCUCUUUUUAGUCCUCUACCAUCUUUCGAGUCCGCUAAUGACUGUUGACUUCUCAUCACGAAAAACGCUGAAAAAACAUCUAGUUUAA